CAUUGCAUACAUGGGUAUGUGUGUUUUAUGAUUUAUGUGUUUGAGAGAGAGAGAGAGAGAGAGAACUAAGAUGAUAGGAACAGCGAGGCCUCAAUUUGUGUUGUUUGGAUCUUCAAUUGUUCAGUACAGUUUUUAUGAAGGUUGGGGAGCAACACUUUCUCACUUGUAUGCUCGUAAGGCAGAUAUAGUUAUGCGAGGAUACGCUGCUUGGAAUUCAAGGCGUGCUUUGGAGGUUUUGGAUAUAAUUUUUCCCAAGGAUGCCAAGGAGCAACCAUCAUUGGUGAUUGUAUACUUUGGUGGUAACGAUUCUACUCUUCCCAAUCCAAAUGGCCUUGGUCCUCAUGUACCUCUAGAGGAAUUCAAGGAAAAUAUGAGGAAAAUUGCUAUCCAUGUGAAGGGUCUUUCAAAGAAGACUCGCACUAUAUUUCUCACUACUCCUCCCAUCAAUGAAGCACAAAUCCAUGACAAUAGUAACGCUCAGGGAUUACCACUAAGGACAAAUGAAGCUUGUCGAAUAUAUGCAGAAGCAUGUUUGGAGGUGUGCCAAGAAAUUAAUGUCAAAGCUAUUGAUUUGUGGUCUUCUAUUCAGAAAAAGGAUAAUUGGCGAGAUGUUUGUUUCAUUGAUGGAAUUCAUCUCUCAAAUGAGGGAAGCAAGAUAGUGUCAAGAGAGAUAUUGAAUGUCCUUAAAGAAGCAAAAUGGGAACCUAGUCUAUAUUGGAGGUCAAUGCCAAGUGAAUUUGGGGAAGAUUCACCAUAUGAUCCAGUUGCAUCAGAUGGAAAGUCAAUUAAUCUCUCCAACUUUGCUUUCCCUGAUAAUGAUAUGUGGGAUUAGACUUAUGUAAAAGGAAUUAAAAACUAUAUAUAGAUACAAGACAUACCCCAAUUUAUAGUAUCCUUAGCUUAGGCAACAUUCAUGAAAUAAUAGGCUUUGAUGUUAUGCCUAAUGAAGUAUGAUAUUCUUUAUUCUUAUACCAACAAAUGGAUGAUUACUUGACCUAGCUUUUUACCAUGUAUUGAACUUGUAAUUAUUUACACCAAAUAGGUUUCACUA